AUGGCUAAUCACAGCACAAUAUCUGCAUUCCAGCUUUUGGGGUUCCAGAGCCUUCCAGGAUGGGAUAGGCUAUUCUUCACCAUAUUCUUACUUAUCUACAUCCUAACCAUCACAGGCAAUGUAGUUAUUAUUUCAGUGGUCAAACUGGAGCCGUGUCUUCAUUGUCCUAUGUACUCUUUCCUCCAACAUCUCUCUUUCCUAGAGAUCUGGUAUACUACCACCAUUGUGCCUAAGAUGCUCAGCAGCCUACUCUUAGAGAACAAGACCAUCUCCUUCAGUGGGUGUAUGGCACAACUCUACUGCUUUGUCUUUUUUGGAGCAACUGAAUGCUUCUUGCUGGCUGUUAUGGCAUAUGACCGGUACUUGGCAAUUUGUGACCCGCUGCAUUACAUUGUAGCCAUGAGCACACAGCUCUGCACUCAACUGGAAAUAGGGUCCUGGGUGGUUGGUCUCUUCACAGGUUUGUUGCCAUCAUUGCUGAUCUCGAGACUAAGUUUCUGCAGAUCCAACCAAAUCAAUCACUUCUUCUGUGACAUCCCACCUUUGCUGAAGCUCUCUUGUUCGGAUACUGCUGUCACUGAGAUGACCAUAUUUGUGCUCUCUGUAUUGGUUCUUUUUACUUGCUUCUUGCUUACCUUGGUGUCUUAUGCUUUCAUCAUCAUGACCAUACUGAAAAUCCCCUCUGCUACCGGGAGGAAGAAGACCUUCUCCACCUGUGGCUCACAUUUGAUGGUGGUGGUGAUAUACUAUGGCACCAUGAUCUCCAUGUAUGUUCGGCCUAGUGCUAGUCUCUCCUCAGAGCUGAAUAAGGUAGUCUCUGUCUUCUACACUGUGAUAACACCACUUCUCAACCCUGUCAUCUACAGCCUGAGGAAUAAAGAUUUCAAGGAGGCCUUGAGGAAACAGUUCAAUAGGAAGAGUGCCCUACAUAAUUCAUAA